CAGGAAGUGAAGUGUCACUGCAAGUCUCGCCAAAACAGAGGAGAGAGAACCGGGGACCGCGGCUUUGAUGAAACUACAUACAAAUUAUUACAGUCCUACUCUGCUGCACACUGGCUUCAGAAUAGAGACUCUGCUGCCCUCAGCUGGAGAACUGCAGCACUGGCGUCAUGGUGAAGGAUGUUUCGAAAGGUCAAGAAGCGCCACAGCAGCAGCAGCUCUCAGAGCAGUGAGAUCAGCACUAAAAGCAAGUCUGUAGAUUCCAGUUUGGGAGGCUUGUCUAGGUCAAGCACGGUUGCCAGCCUUGACACGGACUCCACCAAGAGCUCAGGUAAUGCUGUGUCUGAGACCUGUGCUGAGUUCAGGGUGAAAUAUGUGGGAGCCAUUGAGAAGCUGAAUUUUGAGAUGAGCAAAACUCUCCAGGAGCCUCUAGACCUCAUCAACUUCAUUGAUGCAGCUCAACAAGAUGGAAAACUUCCAUUUGUGCCUGUAGAUGAGGAGAUGAAUCUGGGAGUGUCCAAGUAUGGAGUCAAAGUCGCCUCAUUGGACCAGUGUGAUGUGCUUCACCGUCACCCGCUCUACCUGAUAUUGCGGAUGCUUUGCUACGAUGAUGGUCUAGGUGCAGGGAAAAACCUUCUAGCACUGAAAACCACGGAUGUCAAGCAGCAAGAGUGCAACAUCUGGGUUUAUCAGUGCAGCAAUGCGGAGCAAGCCCAGGCCAUCUGCAAAGUACUGUCCACCUCAUUUGACUGCGCCCUGGCCUCAGAGAAAUCUUGAGGUCAGUUUGGGAGCUCUCUGUUUCUUCCACACUUAUUCAUUCCUUGAAGGGAAGGAAGAGUUGGAGCAGGCGUGUGGAAGUCCUGUAGUUUCUGGAGGUUUUUUACUUUUAACAGAUCUAACAAAUGCUGCAGUUUCUCCAUAUGAUUAAUGUUUGGUGUGUGAUGGUGAUUGUUUUUUGUGUAGUAUAAAAGGGCAAACAUCUCUACCAUGUUUACAUAAUAGUCAUUAGUCUGACCCCCCUCAUUAGUACACAUUUUGUAUCCCCCUGUCUGAAUGUGUACUUCCCUACUAUAAAGAAAGCAGUACUUCAAGUUUUAAAAAAAACACCGUUGGAGAGAAAAACCAUGUAUGAACUAAACUACUGCAUCUGCUGAGUUUCUGAAGUGUGCAUCCACCAGACCCUGUACUAUCCGAUAAGGACACGAAAAAAUACUGAAAUUAAAAAAUGGCAGAGAUCCGAGUGGCUUUAAGUGCAAGUGCUAUUUAUACCUAGAAUUUUGUUUCUCGUGUUUAAAUCAUACUUGUUGAAAAAAAAAGUAAAUUAUUUUUGUGGUCGUUUUUAGGACAUCAUACAAUGGGGUCACAGAACAAUGUCUGAAGUAUGUCCUGAAAUGUAUUUAUACCACAUACCUAAAGAACAUACUUUGAUAAUGGUCAAAAGUAUGUUUAUCCUCAAAUGCAGUACACACUCUGAAAGUACAGGAAUAUGGACACAGGUGAUGUCUGCCUUACCGGACAAACCUGUUGCAGGCGUGUGAUUAGGUACACAUCCAAAAAAAUACUGUUGGGUGGCCUCCAGGUACAGAAUUGGGGAAACAUUGCUUUACUCCGAACAUCCCCAUCAUAAUGCAAAGGUCCAGCAAUCAAGUUUGGGCUGCAUCUAUUUUUGUAAUCUUAUUUAAUGUAAAUACAGUUACAUCUGACCACACGUUCAAUAUGGGCCUGUAAAUCUGUACUUUCUGAGAACUUUGUGGAAUUUGUGUAAACUACGGUACAUUAAUGUCAAUGUGGAACACAGGGAGUUGUUCAUCAAAGAUGCUGUAAACGCCAGACCAUCUGCACCCUGUAUAUGUAGAGAUUGUAAUGGCUUAUAUUACAAUCAGCGCUGUUUGUCAAAUCUGCCGCUCUUCUGUCCUUCUCCAAUGCUCUGGUCCAGAAGGAAUCAGUUAAUAUGGUACAAUAAAGCAAUGCAA